CAUGAAGAAAGAGAUAAUGCCAAGGCAACAAUUAUUCGUAUCUUGCAUGGCUUGGGUCCUUACAAGGCUACUUCCUUUCAGCUCGAGUCCAUGGGUGCUAAGCCAACCAAUUCAUCAAGCAAAACCUGCAUUUUCAUGUGCUUCCACAAAAUGCAAUGCAAACUUAGCGGUGAUCAUUAAGGGCAACCCAAAAAGGAAAAGAUAAAAAUUCAAAGUAUAUAUGCAUUGAAAAUAUAAGGAAGCGAGCCCUUACUCUACAAUCAGGGGAGGUACUCAGAGCAUUGGCAAUAUUUUCGUUACAGGAAUAAAAAACUUCAAGAUAUGAAAUCAACAUCAAUUAUGCCCUGGUCCGUAAAGCUUUUGAUAUGCCAGUAAGCGUGCACGUGAAAUUCACGUGUGUCUAGAUAAAAUAUCCUUUUAUUUUGCGGGGAGUAUAGAUAGAAUAUUCAAUUGUAAAAAUCAAAAAUAUUACCAACGAAUGUGCAUUUGAGGUUUCAGAAAAGCUAUAACUAAUAAAAUUUAUACUUUGUAGUACUGCCAAAGUUUAUUUCAUUCAUUUCCUGACUGAUGACAAUACGAGUCAUCCAUUCUCUGCCAAAGUUGUAUUUGCGCGACUCUCAAAAAAAAGUUUCUGCAGUUUUGGCAUGCGGUACCCUGAAUUUAUUGCAUACAUGCAGCUCUCCACUUAUGCCUACUGCAUAGUAUAUCCAUUUUAUCACUGUUCGCCAUAAUUUAGUUUUAGUAACUCCACUGUUAAAUGUGAAGUUAACCAGCAUGGAUUUUUUUACAUAAGAGAGAUUCUGCAUCUAGCUUCAGCCUUCGGCUCAGUUACAGAUUAAUAACAGUACCAGCGCAUCAAGGACAAGAUCGCGCGGGAGGUGCACUACAUCCAGGACAAGACGCCAUCGGCAGCAUGCACUACCUCCACGCCGCGCUCACGGAGACCCUCCGUCUGUACCCGGCGGUGCCCGUCGAUGUCAAGUGCUGCUUCUCGGAUGACACAUUGCCCGACGGGCACGCCGUGAGGAGAGGGGACAUGGUGAACUACCACCCCUACACCAUGGGCCGGAUGAAUUUCCUGUGGGGCGACCACGCCGAGGAGUUCAGGCUGGAGAGGUGGCACGACGACGACGGCGUGUUUGUCCCGGAGAGCCCCUACAAGUUCAUCGCUUUCCAGGCGGGGCCUCGGAUCUGCUUGGGAAAGGAGUUCGCCUACAGGCAGAUGAAGAUAUUUGCAGCUGUUCUUCUCUACUUCUUCAGGUUUGAGAUGUGGGAGCACAACUCCACGGUGGGGUACCGCCCGAUGCUCACGCUAAAAAUGGAGGGCCCGCUCUAUGUUCGUGCGUCGCCCCGGCGAUCUACCAGGAACUAGCGUGCUUGCUACUAUGAGAAGUCCAGUCUCCAAAACGUUUGGAUGUUCCCCUGUUCCGUUGUGAUGAGCACUGAUAAUAUGACUAGUGGCAGCACUAACAUAAACUCUAGCAGGGUUGCCGUAUGGUUCUGUCUUUUACCACAGCCGUCGAUAGGAAGACUGGUGGGACAAGAAUGCACUCUGGCAAAAUCCCCAACUGUCUUUUACACUGCUUUUUUUUUUUCAUAAUGCUGCCGCAGCGCGUAAGAAGAGAAAUAUGAUUAAAAGACACUCUUGGACGACACGGGGGUAUGGAAGGAGGGAAAUGAGCUUGAGGGACAUAUUGUGUUACUUUCGUCAGUUGUUCACGUCAUCCGAGAUGCAGGAUAGUGUGCUGGACAAGGUGCCCGUCAUCCGAGAUGCAGAAUAGUGUGCUGGACAAGGUGCCCCAUAAGACUGGUCAUAAUGGGGAGUAUCACAUAUUAAUAUGCAUAUCAUGCAUAUGAUACUAGCGUAUGAUACUAUAUCUAUAAUGCAUAGUAUCAUAGAUUAGUAUCAUAGAUGGUCUCAUUUAUUACCAUGCAUGAUAGAUAGUAGCAUCACACUUAUUAUAUUACGGUAUCCACCUGUGUUACUAUAACCAUCUCUCUCUUCUUUAAUUCCCUGCCACAUAAGCAUGUUUGUGAGUCUCAAAUGCAUGAUACUACUUAUGUUACCCCACUAUGGCCAGCCUAAGGUUUUGAGA